CAGACUUUUCCAAUUAGAAUGAGAAGGUUGACUGGAGGGAACCUUAGCUAUUGCCAUGUGUGCAAAUUCUGAAAACCUUCAUAUAUAUGGCAAGAAGAGGUAUUAGAUCUCUCUUCUCUCAUUCUCAAAACAAAAUGAUGUUCAGAUUAAUUUCAGAUAAGUCAGUGCCUAAAAUUUCAGGAUAGAGAGUUAAGAGUACAUUAAUGAGGGCAUUUAUUAGAUACUGUCUUUAUAUCCCAUGAAUUUUAGAAACAGAUUGGUUCUUGUGGAAAUUCUUCUAAAUUCUUUAUUUUCAUAUAAUAAAGUAGAUUACUUCAUUCAAUGAAAAUGUUGUGGGCACUUUACAUCAAAC